UUCAAAGCAAAUAAGUAAGGACGAGAGUUUUCCACCGGUUAUUGCUUUGAUCUACUGAAGCCUUCGUCAACGAGAUGGCUAAUCCAUUCCGCUGGUGUCUCGUGUCGCAAGACUGUGUGCUGCAGAUUAACGUGGUGCUGGCGGUGGUGGGCCUGAUCAUCCUGCUGGAUGUUUUCAGCCACCUCUACCUGAAGACGGUCAUGUUCCCCGGACUUAAUCUCUACCCAGUGGCUUUGCGCGCCUGGCUCUUUUGGGUGCGCGUUUUGACAAUGGUUGUCUAUGUUCUCAACGCGAUCCUGGGAAUUCGCAUGGCCCGGAAUACAUGCGUUUUUAAGUUCGCUGGAUACAUGCUCAUUGGCUGCGUGGUAUUGCUAUACACAUUUAGCAUAGCGGUGACGCGAUUCAUGUAUCGGCGCAGGUUCGAGUUCUUCGUCCAGAUGAUGGUCCUCCAGAUGUGGAUAAAGGAUAGUCUAGGUAAGGUCGAAGUGGAGUUCGGGUGCUGCGGUAAGACCAGCGUGGUCGACUACCAGAAGUGCUCCACGAACCGCACCUGGGCUAGUGGAUCAUGUUGCGGGGAGAAGAACUGCCCCGGAUGCAUAUCGAAACUUACCGAGUACCUGUGGACUAUCGAGAUGGACGUGGCGCGGGACAACAUAAUCGUGUCCUUGUUCCUUUUCGUGGCUUUGAUUGUAAUGGUAGCGCACUUCAUAGACGUGCAGUUCCAAGAGGAGUCUUACGAUUCGGACGACUCCGAGGAGACCUUAACAGUGCGCGGGGAUGACAUGAGCACGAUAAAAAUAGGCCCAUCCCAAUCCGGCCAUGACGGUGAUUAGGGUUUAAAUUAACGGCCUUUGCAAGCUCUGGUCAAUUUAACUUUAGUUCAACAUUAAUACUCAUCGCCUCGGGCCACAGUGUUAGUCAGUCAUCUUGUU